GUGUGCGUUUAUCAACAACACGUGGUGUGAGGAUGUACGAAUUGUUCAUCAGCACUGCUCGCCUGAUGUGGAGUUUUUGAUGCUCAAAUGCCGCCCGUAUUAUCUACCAAGGGAGUUUACAGCUGUGUUUUUGGCCGCUGUCUACAUUCCUCCACGAGCCAACUCUACAGCGGCACUCGGCAUGCUCCAUGACGUCAUCAGCGCACUGGAGACGGCUCACCCUGAUGCUGUUUUUAUUGUUGCGGGCGACUUUAAUCAGUGCAAUCUUCGGACCGUAUUUCCCAAAUACCACCAGCAUGUAAACAUCCCCACCCGUGACAAGAACACCUUGGAUCAUGUAUACACCAAUGUAAAAGGUGCAUACAGGGCCGCACCCCGCCCCCACUUCGGACACUCAGACCACAUCUCUUUGUUCCUUUACCCGGCCUACAGACAAAGACUCAAACAAUCAGCUCCAGUCACCAAACCGGUUCAGCUCUGGACACCCGAGAUUGAGGACACACUGCAGGACUGUUUCACCACCACAGAUUGGGAUGUGUUUAAAGCUGCAGCUACUCUGGAGGACUCUUCUGUCAGCAUACAGGACUAUGCUGACUAUGUGACUGGGUACAUCAGCACUUGUGUGG